CUGCACUCGUCAGUAACAUUUAGAGGAAGAGACCCAGCGUUGAGUUCCUGCGGCGUGGAUUGUCUUACAGUCGGCCCUGUUGGAGGCGCAAACGGCCCGCGCCGACAUGGACGAGAAAGAUGGCCAUCGCGUGGACUAUUCCCCUGCCGCUCAGGACCCGGCCUUUGAAGUGACGUGGGAGGAAAACGACGCCGAAAACCCCCAGCAGUAUCCGUUAUGGUACAAGUGCUUCAUUGUCGGGUCAACUUCGUUCUCUACCACCAAUAUAAUCCUUUGUUCAACAGCAUAUACAUCCGGGGUGGUUGGAAUCCAGGAGUCGUUCGAUGUGGCUUCGCGGACGAUCACCCUCCUCGGAUUGACGACGUACCUGUUUGGUCUAGGGUUAGGAUGCCUUGUGCUCGCCCCAUUAUCUGAAAUGUACGGUCGUCGCCCGAUCUAUCUGGUUACGACGGCUCUAUUCGUGGUGCUAGUUCUCCCCGUCGCACUGGCACCGAACCUGGCGGCCGUUCUGGCGAGCCGAUUCUUCGGCGGGUUCUUUGGCAGUUGCCCGGUUGCGAUUGCGCCUGGCACGCUCAACGACAUCAUCAGUCCUCAGCAUCGAGCGCUGGCGUUCAGUGUUUGGAGUCUUGGGUCCAUGAACGGUCCUGUUCUCGGUCCCAUUAUCGGCGGGUUCGUAUACCAGUAUUUGGGGUGGCGCUGGAUCAACUGGAUCGUGCUCAUCUGCGGCGGCGCCGCAUUGAUCGCCCUCUUUUUCAUCAAGGAAACAUACGCGCCCGCUAUUCUGCGGCGUCGAUGCGUCGCUAAGCAGAAACAGACGGGAGACAUGCGAUGGUGGACGCGCUACGAUGACCAAAGAGAUAAGGGGUGGUGGCAGAUAAUGCAGACUAACCUCGGCCGGCCACUCAUCAUGGCGGUUUUCGAACCCAUCUGUCUAUUCUGGAACCUCUACAUCGGUGUCAUCUACUCCGUCCUCUUCCUCUGCUUCGUUGGAUACCCCAUCGUCUACCAAGACCUCCGCGGCUGGGAACCAGGCCUCGCAGGCCUCGGCUACUGCGGGAUCGGCGCAGGCGUCGCCCUCGCCGUAUCAGCCGAACCACUCCUCCGGCGCCUCAUCGCGUCUCACCCCCGCGACCCAGUAACAGGCCAAGUCGCUCCCGAAGCCACCGUCUGCGUCAUCUGCAUCGGCAGCGUGCUGAUCCCCAUCGGCGAGCUCUGGUUCUCCUGGACGGCGCGACCACCCGUGCACUGGAUCUCGCCGAUCCUGGCCGGCGUGCCGUUCGGGAUGGGUAACGGCCUCGUCUUCAUCUACACGACGUACUACCUGGCUGGUAGCUACGGGAUCUACGCUGCGUCUGCGCUGGCGGGGAACUCCGUUGUGCGGUACUUCUUUGGGGGGGUUCUGCCGCUGGCGGGGUCGAAGAUGUAUGGGGCUAUGGGGGUUCAUUGGGCGGGGACGAUGCUGGGGUUGGUGGAGGUGCUUUUGAUUCCUAUUCCGUUUGUGUUUUAUCGCUAUGGGGGGAGGAUUCGACGGCGGAGUCGAUUGCUGGCUAAGACGCCUGAGGAGUAG